AUGACCGGUGAGAUCCGCAAAUUGAGUGCAACAGUUGCGGACGCAAUUGCUGCUGGGAAGUCCGUGAAAUGCAUUACCACUGCGAUAGGAAUGCUGUUGGAAAAUAGUGUGGAAUCUGGCGCCUCCGAUGUAGAAAUAGUUGUGGAUCUGGAUCACGACGCUUUUACAGUGCGGGACAAUGGAUGUGGGAUGAACGCUGCAGAUCUGGAAUAUUUUGGACGUUCUGGGUAUUCUUCGAAAGCUGAGAAAAAGGGCUUGAAAUGGCACCAGGGUCGCAGCAUUCACAUAAUUUCGUGCAUGGCGAAAAUCACAACGUUCACUCGAGCUGGCGGUGAUAAUUCGGCUUUGUCCAAACUUCCCAUGGGCGAGAUACAAUUGUGCGAUUUUCCACUGCCCUUUGGGACGUCAAUCAUCGUAACAGACUUCUUCCACAACGUACCCGUUCGUCGUGAAGUUUUGCAGGCGACUCCGAAGAGUUUGAUUUACGACAAACUUCGCUUGCUAGUUUUUGACCAGUUGGUGAUGAACCCAGAUCUGCAGAUUUUGGUCACAUCUGCAACUUUGCUGGAAAAUGGAUUCACCAUUUUUGAAUCUCGGAAUUUGGGCCCGAAUGUCUCUUCUGAUGCCGAAAAGUUGUCCUCCUGCUUGCAUAACGUUUUCGGUUCGUGUGAUCAGAAUUACGGGAUGAUGCCAGUUCAUGCGCAGUUCAAAAGUUAUAAACUCAAUGGUCUUGUAUCAACUGCGUUGACUUCCAACAAAGGGUUGCAGCUAUUGUACAUCAACGGCCAGAGAUGUGAGGACGAAGCUGUUAAGAAACCGAUAUCGCGGCUGUUGUCGAACGUGCGAUCUCCAGGAAGCGAAAGUGAACUUCACUCACGUAGACAUUUUUUUCCGUAUGUGCUCAAAUUCUCCACUUCGUCUGGAAUACCUAGUGACUUGCCCCGAAUGCAUUUAAAAGGCCACAGUGCCAGCAGUGUAUUACAGUCCCUCAUCACAAGCAUUGUGAAUACAGGCUUUAAGAUUGGCAGCUGGUCACCCCGCAAGCGAACAGCAACCCUGUCAAGAAGAGAUUGCAAACGCCCACUCACUCAUAAACUAGCAACUGACGGCGUUUCUGAAGUACACUUCGCUUCUUUUAGGAAAUCGGUGCUGAAUACGUUUGCAGUCGUUAAUCAGGUCGACAGAAAAUUUAUUCUUCUUAGAGCGACUAAAACCAUCAAACACGACUUUCCGCUAUUGAUUCUUGUCGACCAGCACGCUUGCGAUGAAAGAAUCAAGCUAGAAUCAAUGCUUCAAGAGUUCAUAUGUGAAUUUGCACUUUUUCCCCAAGCGUUGUUUGAUGUGAACCUUCAAAUCACAUUAACACUGCGAGAAUACCAAAUCAUUGAAGCUUACCGAACUGAGUUGUCUAAGUGGGGCUUGAGAUAUAUUGUUGAGGACUUAGACGCGCAAUCCUCCGAGAUAGUUCUUAUCAUGACUACGCUGCCAAAAAUAUUGCAGCACUGCUCGAAAAGCGUUUUGAAAAAGCUGUUGGUAUGGCACGCGGACGAUCUACGUUUGUUCAGAAAGGCUUGUGUGGGUAACAUUUCCGAUACCGACAACUUUGAAUGGUGGAAAUAUACGAAGUGCAUGCCUUCAAUUUUGCUAGACCUUCUACGUAGCAGAGCAUGCAGGUCGGCAAUCACAUUCGGCAAAGAGCUUUCGAACACCGAGUGUGAGUUAAUGGUAGCCGCAUUGCGUAAGUGUAGAAAUCCGUUCUACUGCGCUCAUGGGCGGCCUUCAAUAGUCCCCAUCACCACCGACCGUCAAACUGCAGGUGUUUCAUUCAGCUCUGACUAUACUUUAGAGGCGGACUAG